AGCCUUUAGUUUGCACAUGCGUAGAUGGAACGUUCUCUUUCUCGGUGAUCGCAAUGGCGGACGCAGAAAAAAAGGUUCCGGCGGUCCCUGAGAGCCUUUUAAAAAGGCGAAAGGCCUACGCCGCCAUGAAGGCCAUGCGUAUCAAGAAAUUGUUAACUGAAAAAAAGGCCCGCAGGCAGACCAGGAAACUCAUCUACAAGAGGGCCGAAAGGUACCAUAAGGAGUACCGUCAGAUGUACAGGCGUGAGAUCCGCAUGGCUCGUACGGCUCGCAAAGUGGGAAACUACUAUGUUCCUCCUGAGCCCAAGCUGGCCUUUGUCAUCAGAAUCAGAGGUAUCAAUGGUGUCCCACCCAAGGUCCGCAAAGUUCUUCAGCUGCUCCGUCUCCGCCAGAUCUUCAACGGCGUAUUCGUUAAGCUGAACAAGGCCUCCAUCAACAUGCUCAGGAUUGCAGAACCUUACAUUGCUUGGGGAUAUCCCAACCUGAAGUCUGUGCGUGAACUGAUCUACAAACGUGGCCAUGGCAAGGUCAAGAAGAUGCGCAUUGCCCUCACAGACAACGCUCUGAUAGAUAAAGCCCUUGGCAAAUACGGUAUCAUCUGUAUUGAGGACCUUAUUCAUGAGAUCUACACAGUCGGCAAGAACUUCAAGUCUGCCAACAACUUCCUGUGGCCGUUUAAGCUGUCCUCACCUCGUGGUGGUAUGAACAAGAAGACCACACACUUUGUGGAGGGAGGCGACGCUGGCAACAGGGAGGACCAGAUCAACCGGCUGAUCCGAAGGAUGAACUAAAUUUAUGGUUUUCUAAGGACUCAAAAAUAUACAAUAAAAACCUGUUAAAAACUG